AUGGGAGAUUUUGAUGGUUACCUGCUUGGUGACAGAGGUAGGCAUGUAUAUCACAAAACAGGCAGAACAAGAGAUAUAUUCAAUUGCUCAAAAGCACAGAGCGUGUCUUUCAAUGUGGGCUAUGCUGUGGUGCUGUACAGACUAGAUGGUAGGUUAAAGGGCAAGGUACAGGGAGAAGAGGAGACCAGCAAGGUAACCAGCCAGCUAAGGAAGGCCCUGGUCCUGGAGCCUGAAAAUGUGGAGGUUAUGGCCCUCUUAGCCCUAAAACUGCAAAGCCAGGACAAGGACAGACAGGAAGCCAUGGCACUUGUCAAGCAGGUCCUGAGCCUGUCCCCAGAUUCUCUUCUGGUUACCAACCAUUUAACCAAGUUCUUUAAAAUGGAGGGAUCCAUUAAGGAGUCUUUGGAUGUUCUAAGGAAGGCUCUGGAGGUCACUCCCACAUCCUUCUCUCUGCACUACCAGACAGGCCUGUGCCACCAGUGGCUGCUCUUCCAGAUGCUGGAGGAGAGGAGGCAGCGUGCGAGGAUGAAGCAGGUUGCGUCGGAAAGCAUGCUUGACAACGAAACUGCAGAGAGCAUACAUCACUUCUCAAGAGCUGUGGAGCUACAGCCUUCCAACAUCUCGGCUCGUGUGAAGUUGGCAGAGGCCUACGGUCAAAACCUGCAGAUGGAAGAGGCUACUAAGAUCUUCAUCUCCCUGGAGAAGGACCAGAGCCUGGGGGAGUUUGAGCGGCAGCAUGUGCUAUGCUCCUAUGGGUGUUUCUUGAUGUAUGAAAUCAGGAGCCUGAGCGCAACUGUCACACAGUUGAAAGCAGCCUAUCAAAUUCCAGUUCAUACAGGUGAAAAACACAAGGCAGAAAAAAAGUUGAGGCUGAUAGCUGAAUGGUGGAGCACACAGCAUUCCAAGGAAGCCAAUGAGAUACUGACCUUUCUGCAUGACCAGGACAAACAGGAGCAGGAGAGACAAAGAGAGAAGGAGAACGAGAACGAGGAGAAAUCAAGAGUGGAGCAGAGGAGUGUGAAGGAGAGCAGGAGGCAGAAGAGGGAGCUACAGAAAGAGAAGAAGAAAGAGAGGAAAAAGAGAAAGAGAGAGAGAGAUGAAUAAAGAGAAAGAGAAUCAAAGGAAGGAGAACAAGCAAAUGCUACAGGAGAAAAUGAGGGAUGACCUGUCAACCACUUUUGAGUUUUAGAUUGAACAUUUGCCCAUGCUGUUUGCCAAUCUGAGAUGGAAAUAAUUUGUAACUUUACCUCUAAAACAUUUUUAACUGAAUGUGACUAGUUGAUUUUCAAAGACAAACAUACAAUACUUGCAUAACUAGAGAGAGUACAAUUUCAGGGAAAUUGUGAGGUGUGCUUGCCACGCUGGGGGCACUUUUAUUUUUUUUAAUUUUACUAUAUCACCUCCAAACCUAUUGUUUAAACUAAUAUCAAACAUCCAAACAUUUGGAGAAUUUUCAUUGGUGUACUUACAUUUUGCAACUGAUAUUUCUGUAUAUUUUAAAUAUGUAUGCAUAUGUAAGGCUGGGUGUCAUCCUGCCCCCACCUCUCAUAUGCUAAAACCUGGAGUUGCUGGACGGGGUCUCUACUUGAUGGCUCUCACAUCUCAUUGUGUAACUUACUGUAGCAUUGCCAGUCAUAUGUUGAUAAGUAAGGGUCAAUAUGUGGUCUGAUUGGUUGUUCUUGUGUAUAAAGGGAAUUGUGAAGCAUUGUUCUGUGGAUUCUUCAUCUCCUGAGGCCUUCUCCUCAGCUCUGGCUAGUCCUUCUCCUUCCUCACAUAUUGCUUUUUAUCUCUGGUUUACAAUAAUCAUGGUAGCGUAGGUAAGAGUUUACCUUCAUUUUGUAACACGUUUGCCUUGUAAUUGAUUUCAUUCAUUUGCAAUGUUAUUAAAUGUAUAUUUCAUGUAACCUUACUUUGACCAUUCUUGCUCUGAUUUGACCCUUAGAGUCAAAUAACUGUAAUUCCAUUGGUAUUGGCAUUAUUUGGUUCAUGCUAAUACACUGUUCAGUUUCCCAUCUUCUGGGGAGGGAGGGAGGGGGGCAGUUACAUUGGGGCCAGAGGUUCUGUUAGAGGGGCCAGUUACAUUAAACAUUAUUGUUGUCAUAUAGUUUUCUUCACUGCAGUGCAGGCAUUAACAGGCAAAAGCAGUGGCGCCCCCAGAAAUGUUUUAUAGGAGUGGCCAGAUGGGGCAACUGAAAAUCUUGGGGUGGCACUCCAAAAUCAAAAGCCAUAACUGAAUUUCAGGGAUCUAUAAUGCUGUUGUAGUAUAUAGAUUAUUUAGGUAAUUGAGGUGGGGGGAGGGUUACUUUGACGGGUGUGAUUGUCUUUUUCAACUGAUACCUUAUGGCACUUUUGGCCUUGUUUGAACACACACUGGAGCCCCGCCUUGUAAUGUUUCUAAUAUAUAUUAAACUUGGGUUCAUCAAAGAUCA